AUGUUGGGGAGUCGCGGUCUCCGGGAUACGACGGGGCGCCGGCUGCUCUGGCCCCGGCCUGGAGGAGUUGCCGCCCGCCCCGGACGUGGCCAUGGUCCCCGUGGGAGAACCGUCACAGCCGGGCCCAGCAUCCUUCCUCGCUCCUGUAGCGGCCUGUCUGUGGUUGACACAGAGCUGGAGAAAACUGGCAGAGCUCCCUUCUGCCGUGGCAGGUUCCUAAAGGUACACAGCGAAAACAUGGGUGGGAGCCCGUGGUGCCAGACUUCGGGAAGCAUCGUGCAGGCAGUGAGCAGGCGCGGAGCAAAGAGCACUCCGGGUAGUGCUGCCCACACGCGAUCAAGCUCAGCACUGAGGAAAGUGGCACAACUAGAAAGCAAAAUCAUGAAUCGAAAAAAGCAGAUGGAAUUGCAAAACACUGACUUGGACCAGAAGCCUUUGGAUGAAGAGUCCUUCUCAUCUGCUUCUAGUCACGAACGCAGUGCAAGGGGCAAGAAAUAUCUGAAGAAUUCUGCUGCUGCCAGUGGAAAUAUGACCCUCAGUAAUGCCUGUUCUAAGAAAGAGGAAAGAAUCCAAAAUCCUAAAAAGAAUGUUAUGGUUAAACAGCAGCUUGGAUUGGAUAGCGAUGAAGAGGAAAUGAGACGACUGAUGGAGAGCUCAUUGGAGUUUUCCAGUGGAAAUGAGAAUCGGAGGGUUGUUGUAAGUGAUUCUAAAUGGGGUGGAAAAAGUAAGACUCCAGUUUCAUCAGGAAUGCUUCCUCCAUCUCAUAAGGAAAUUUCAUUGACAGAGGUAUUUAAAACAUCUCAUUUUGAUGGCAAAGACUCAGAGAAAAAUGUUUUUGAUAGAGUUAAUUCACCAACCCCUUCAGCAGCCAGCAGAAACCUGUCAGUACGACAUAACACGAGAUCUCAAUCGCUGUCUUCUUCCAUGAAAGACACUACUGUAAAGGUUACUCUGCCUAGAACAGGCAACACCAAGCAAAGCCAAAUAUCACUUGAAAGUGACAGAAGUGAAAUAAAAUCAUUAGAUGAAUUGUUUUCCAAAGCAGAUGAUGCAGAAGAUUCAAUCAGCAGCAGCUCAAGUGACUUCAGAAUGAAUAUCCUGAGCCUUGAUGAUUUGGCACCAAAUAUCACCAGCGAGGCAGCAGAGUUAAAGCAGAAAGGGUCAGACGUUCAAAUUACUCAAGAUUCAAACAGAAAUCCCCCAAAAGAUACAUUCCUGGUGGAAAAAGACCAAACUUCUCUUAAAAUGACAAGUGCAGUAACUGAUGUGAAUGAUGCUUCUGCAGGGGAUAUUGAAAAAACUGUGACUGAAACUGAAAUCUCUGAGCAUUUAAGUGGAGUUUCUGCAGAUUUUCCUAGACACAAACAGGAUUAUCUUGAUCGUGAUGAGAGAACUGUUAAUUCAGAAUAUUCUGAAGACUUUGAAACCUCUCUGUCUACAACAGACAGGGAAUCUGUAUCAAAAAUGUCAGAGGAACAUUCUGAGAGCUGCACUUAUUCUGGAAAACACCCGUCUUCGGCAUCGUCACCUUUAUUUACCGGAGAGCGGCAAGACCAGACACACAGAGUAACUGUCAGAGAAACUGCAGUUCAGACAGUGGAUCCUCCAUUCAGCUAUUGCUGGGCAAAGACAAACGCCUCUGCAGUACUCGACCCGCCUGUAGGAAACAGCUACGUUGACCCAGUACCUGUUGCCAGUCACGUCAUCAGCACGGAUGCAGUGGAAGCCUUGACAGCAUACAGCCCGUCAGUUCUGGUUUUAAACGCCAUGUUGAAACAGCACCUGAUGCUGACUCAGCAGUUUGUAGAGAACAUUCACCACCUUCACUUCUCCCUCGUGGAGUCACUAGAGAAGGAGAAGUUCCACUACCACACCCUGGAAGAGGCUAAAGAGUACAUCAAGAAUCACAAAUCCCCACCUCUAACAAUUGAGCAGGCACGUGAAGAAAUUCAGAAAGCACAGGAGGAAAAGCUGCUUUGA